ACUUUUACAAUUCAUGUAAUUAAUAAUCAUGAAAACGCUAAUUUAUGCUAUUCCGUAGCGUGUUUUAUCAUUCAAGAUUAAUUAUUUGCAGUUAAAUUGGCCUUUCGAAUUUCUCCGCGUGAAGUAUUCAGACUUUAAUAGUUUGCGACCCCGUCAUUAGCAAAAAGUAGCUCUUUCAAGGAAAUUUAUUACUGUGGCUAGUCGAACAAAACAUUGUCUCAUCUAUUUCGUUGAUGACGAUUAUUUAUUAUUUGCUUAUUAAAUAAACGGACUUCUCACGAUGGCGUUAUCCAAACCAACACACAUUAUUUACGAACUGGUUGGCGCAUACUUCCAGAAUUUAUAUACGAAUCCGCUCAAGACGAAAGCUUUAACAAGCUGCUGCAUUGCAACUCUAGGCAAUUUUGUAUCGCAAAAAUUGAGAGGAGUAAAGUACCUGAAUCAAGACAGUCUUGUUGCUUUUGCGUUAUUUGGAAUUAUUUUUGGUGGUUCGGUACCUCAUUACUUCUACCAACAUGUCCACAAGAUUACCAAGCACCCACUUGGAAUUUUGCUUAUAGAACGACUAGUGUAUACACCAUUAUACCAAGUCUUGUCUUUGUACAUGCUUGCUCGAUUUGAGGGGAAAUCUCAUGAAGCAUCAUACGCUCAGUUAGAAAAAUUAUACCAGCCUGUCCUACUCGCAAAUCUGAAAUACUUGACUCUCUUCCAAUUUAUCAACAUAAAAUUUGUUCCACCAAUGCUUCGUGUUCUGGUGGUGAACCUAAUUGGCUUUUUCUGGUCAAUAUACUUGGCUAAUAAGCGAGCAGCACAAGCAGCAAAAGACAGAGCUCGCAAGUAAUAAAAGAGCUGGAUGAAAUCAAAGAUAUUAUUUUGUUACACUAUGCAUUGUUAAGUUUUCCGAGUACCUUUUAUUUGGGUGGAUGGUGGCAUUUAAUCUGUAUAUAUUUCAGUACAGAUACUUAUCUGGCGAAAUAUGUAAUUGCCAUACCUAAUCAUUUGAUUCACAAUACACUCAUUUCAUAUACUUAUAUGUUUCAUACAAGAUAAGUGCGUUUAUCAAAAUAUAUAUAUUACAAAUUGAUCAACUUAUUUUAUUGCAUGACUCUUGAUCCAAAGACCUGUAUUAUCAGUCUUGCUUUUGAAAUGUUUGAGCAAGAUUAGGACUUGGAUAUGAAUCUGCAAGUAGUUGUUUAUACGCACUCUUGUAUGAGGAUGUAUAGUAUAUGAGAUGCCUAAGUCUUUGAAUAUUUGUACAGUUAAUAUAAUUAUUCUAAAGAUGACUAUAAUAAAUGGUGUAUCUGGUGUA